AUGUCUCGAAACGUCUGUUGUGUUCCUGGGUGCCCACCAGAAGAAGGUACAGUCCUGCAUUACUUUCCGCACCCUGUAAAAGAUGCUGAACGAUUCCAAAAUUGGGUGAAGUUUAUAGGAGGUGACCUUGCUGAACUGGACAGCGCAACUAUACGGAAAUCUAAAAGAAUAUGUCGUCGGCAUUUUCAUAGACAGUUCCUCUAUCCAAGAAACAGAUUGAAUAAAUUGGCUGUACCGUCGUUGCUUUUGUUCUCACCAGAGCUCUCGGACGCUGAACAGGCCAUGAUUGAUGAAGUCUUGAAUGAAGAAAUAAUGGAGUCUCCAAUCUUAUUCUGUAUUUGUUGUCUUUCAAAAGGGGGUCGUUACAUACAACUGUCAACAUGUUCUCAUUCCGAGUUCUUAAACAGGUUUCUGAAACCUGAGAUAGAACCAAGAUGUCAAGUCAUAUGCUACAACUGUCAUAAUAUGUUGAAGAAAAUCAAAAUGUUUACACAGCAAGUGUUGAAUAGCUUUAAUAUAAUUGCUGAGGAAAGCGACAUACAAGUCACGCAUCAACAAAAUAGAAAUCUACAAAUACAUAAACAAGAAAAUAUUGACAUACCACAGACAAACGUCAUCAUAGAUAAUAAUAUAAACCAAAGCAUAGACAACGAAGAGGUUACAAACGAAACACCACAAAGGAGUUUUAAACAAAACAGUUCGGAAAUGUACGAAAGAAAAAUGAAAAAUAUUGGAAAUGCUUUAGAAAUUAUAAAUAGCAACCAGAAUAAUGCCUGUAUUAACUUAUUAGCUACGUCUUUAAAUAGUUUAUCGAAUAGUUUAAUAAAUAAAAAUAUGGAUUUUAUUAAUAUACCCAUUUUAAAUAUUGGUACUGUAAGCCAAGAUACGGAUACUUCUAAAGCAGCUAAUUCAAGUAACAUUUUGCUAGAAGCUAUGAAAACUGCUGACAUUGAAGAUAGUUUUGGUGUCCAAGAAGUAGAAUUGAGUUCAGACAGAUUUGAGAAAGAAGAAGAAGUCCCUAACGAGGUCCAGAAGAUUGUUAAGCCAAGUAAAAAUGUUCUAAAAUCCUCGAUUCAGUCGCGUAUUAAAGCUAUAAUAUUGUCUGAAGAAGAAUUGAUGACGGAAAGAUCAAAAUCAGCUGCCGGUCAGCGAUAUUUAAAGGCGCCGUAUAAAUGUGAAACAUGUAUUCUAGGAUUUAAUUAUCGAGAGAAUUUAGAAGAUCAUUCAAAGAGGAAACAUUGUUAUAAAGAAAACUUAAUCAAAUGCGAUGUAUGUCUUCAGUAUAUCGAUCCGGGGGCUAAUUAUAGUGAUCACAUAUCCUACCACUAUAUCAGAUAUGAAUGUCUAACAUGCGGACGUAGAUAUCAUUCUGAAGAUCAGACAAUGUUUCAUUAUAGAAGGAAUCAUAUAAAAGCUACAAAAUAUACUUGUUUACAUUGUUCGUACAAUAUGACAUCAUACCGCCACAUCAAAUUAGGAUCGGAAGUGAAACAGAAUAAUAAAAUCAAGAUUUAUAAAUGUUUGCGCUGUAAAAUGACUUGGAAAAACGUAGAACAGAAUUCGACAGAGAAUGUCUUGCAAGCAGAUGUCGCCACUGUUGAAGAAGGCUGA